AGCUCCCCCUUUAAAUGAUAUUAAAGGUUGCUUUCAGUGACAGGUGGGUUCAGUAACCAGGAAGUACUCAGAUCCUUUACUUAAAGCUCCAGUGGAGGAUUUAGUGGUCUCUAGUGGUGGAGUUGCAGAUUACAACUCCCUCGCUUCACCUUCCUUCUUACACAAUAAAGAAACUAUGGUGGCUGUCUGGAUCCAGUGUUUGGUUUGUCUGUUCUGGGCUACCUUAGAAACAUGGCGGACUCCACCAGAAGACGACCCGCUCUCUCUGUAACAAACACACACUGAUUGUUAUUGUCAGCUGAUUAAACACUAAUGAAACACACUGAUGGAUAUAUUAGAUUAAUGUGACUCACUGGAGCUUUAAUGGACAAAGUGAAUGAAUGACUGGGACGUUAAAUAUCUGGUGAAUAUGGCCGAUGGUGUUCCUCAGGGCUCCUGACUCCUGUAAAACGUUUACAGUGAAGUAUAAGUAACUAAUAGGUAACUAAUAGGUAACUAAUACCACAGUAUACAGUACUUAUACUGUUAUAUUCUUAUGUGAUUGGAUCAUUACUUAUGAUGUAUGAUGAUGUAAGCAGCACUUAAUGUAUAAUAACCCUUCAUCAUUAUUUAAUAUUUAAUAUAAUAACAAAGCAAACAAAGUUCAGUUAAUAUAAUUUCAGAAAUAAAGGAGCUCAAACUGACACCUCCCACUUCCUGUUUCUCCUGCUGUCUGUCAGCUCAUAUCAGACAGACAGACACAGACAGACAGACAGAAAGCAGUGUGACUGUGAGCAGCUCCUCGACUCUUUUCCUUCCAUUCUUCUUCUCUUUCUCUCAGACACAGCAAUGAUGUCAGAAUAUUUGCAGCCAUCUGAUUGGUCCACUGCUGCUACGACAUCUGAAACAUCAAGAUUCAUCACAGAGGUUAGCCCCGCCCCUUCACACACCUUCCUCCAAUCACCAAACAUGUCCCAUGAGGCCGAGCAGCUGACUGCUGCCAGUGACCAGUUCCAAUGUUCCUCUUUCUGGUUGGACGACUACAGCUGUGAAUCACUGAGCUCUGCCUACGUCCCGCCUCCUCCUUCAUCCUUAUAUGGUGUUCCUGCCAUGACUCCGCCCCCCACCUGCCUCUUCUCCUCAACGUUUGGAUGGAACGGUUACUAUGGCAACCUUUACCCCUCCUCCCCCUCUCCUGAUUGGCCGUUACCUGGCAGUAAGCCGUGGGGGCGGGGCAUUGUACCAGAGCAGCGUGAGUGUGUGAGCUGUGGGACGAGCAGCGCCCCCCUGUGGAGGAGAGACGCUGCAGGGGGUCACCUGUGUAACACCUGCAGUGUCCAGCAGAAAACCACCAACCGACCGCUGCUGAGGCCCAAGAGGAGAGCGGUUGUGAGUCAGAGGAAAGGAACUCAGUGUGUGAACUGUUCAACUGCAACGACGACGCUGUGGAGGAGAAACUCUGCUGGAGAGCCGGUCUGCAACGCCUGUGGGCUCUACUACAAACUACACCAGGUACUACAAACUACACCAGGUACUACACCAGGUACUACAAACUACACCAGGUACUACAAACUACACCAGGUACUACUCCAGGUACUACAAACUACACCAGGUACUACAAACUACACCAGGUACUACUCCAGGUACUACAAACUACACCAGGUACUACAAACUACACCAGGUACUGGAUCAGGUACUUCAGGUGUGUACUGUGUGUUUCAGGUCAACCGGCCGUUGGCGAUGAAGAAAGACGGAAUCCAAACCAGGAACCGGAGAGUGACCAAUAGGAACAAGAGGAGCAGGAAAUCUGACCAAUCAGAGACGGAGCUGUCCAGGCUGGCUCCGCCCACUGAGGAGGCACUGUCCUGUGAGCUGUACGCCUCCUCCUCCACGUCCCUCCUGUGUCUGUGACCACUGACUGUUUCUGUCUUUAAUAAACUCGUUAAACCUUCAACUGAUUGCUUCAUUCAGUCCUUAAAGCUGCUCUUUACUGCCAGUCAGCUAAUGUCAGCAUGCUAUCACACUGAAGAUAGUGAACAGCAUCCUCACAGAGCCUGAAACUACAGAUUCCAGAGGUCUCCUCAAUCUAAACACACUGAAUAAAGCAGUUCCACCUUAAAUCACUGCUUCUCCCACUGCUAACGUUAGCUCAGCUUGUUUCUCUGAUAACUUAAGAAACGUAUCCUUCAU